AUGGUUCAAAAUUCAUCUACAGGAUUAACUGAGCGUGAAGAGCUUGAUAAUUUCAAACGAUCAGUGAUGUCGGAAAAUACAGAUGUAUCCGGUUAUGAAGCAGAACCUAUGACUAAGACCAGUUUAUCGCAGCUGGUCGUGAGUGUUCGCGACCUUAGUCAAAGUCUUAUCACUAAAAUAGUUGACGAGGAUGUUAUAAAGUACACUCGAGAUUUGGCUCUUUGCCUUCUCAAUACAAAGUCUUCAUGGGGAGAUCUUAAUGUAUUUGUGCAAGAUGUUUUAGAAACCGACCAGACUUUCAAUUACCACGAAAUUAUCACGACAAACAGUAUAAAUAGUGAACGUCUUAAGUUUUGGACAAUCGAUAUGUGUCGAAAUCAGCCAAAUAAGUUUGAUUUAGUCAUAACGCUUGGUGGUGACGGGACUGUUCUUUACAGUAGUUGGCUUUUUCAGCGAGUUGUCCCACCUGUUCUUUGUUUUUCUCUCGGGAGCUUAGGAUUUUUGACAGAUUACAAUUACGAUGACCGAGAAUCCAUACUGAAGGAAAUUAUGGCCGAUGGUGUAACAUGUUCGCUGCGAAUGAGAUUUGAAUGUACUGUCAUGACAGCGCUGUCUACAGAAGGAAAAACUGGAGAUUCUCUAGAACAUGAAAUUAAAUCAGGUAGUGGUGAAGUAUUCGACUUUUCUAAAACGCACCAACGUGGAAAAACUUUUUGCAUACUUAAUGAUGUCGUAGUGGAUCGUGGGUCAAAUCAUGUAAUGACAACGACACAGUUAUAUGGAAAUAACACUCUAUUGACGUCGAUCGAAGCAGAUGGUGUAGUGAUUUCUACUCCCAGUGGGUCUACAGCGUAUUCUCUUUCUGCAGGUGGCUCUUUAGUUCAUCCCGAUAUACCUGGUAUUUUAAUAUCUCCAAUUUGUCCGCACUCUUUAUCGUUUAGACCUCUUAUUGCACCUGAUUCCAUAAUCAUUAGAAUUGCAGUGCCAUAUGAUUCUCGUGUUAGUGCAUGGUGUGGGUUUGAUGGUAGAGGUCAGAUAGAGCUUAAUCCAGGUGACUUUUUAACAGUUUCAGCAUCGCGAUAUCCUUUCCCUAAGGUACAAAAUGAUAAAAAGAUGGAAAACUGGUUUCAGGGACUUAGCAAAACCCUUCAUUGGAAUGAAAGACGAAGACAGAAGCCUUACUCUGUUAAAAGAUAA